CAUACACACACACACACACACACACACACACACAAUAUUUACGAGUAGUGUUUGUUUCCAUUUUGCAAUAAAAAAUGUGAAAACAAAACCAAUUGCUAAUAUUGUAUCGCGUAAUAUUACAUAUAUAGGUAUAUUUAGAUGCAUGAAAUUUAGUUAAAUUUCACACCACGAUCGACGUUGAUAGGAAACAUCUCAUUUUUUCUAAAGCAAAUAUUCGUAAGUUUUUGUUAUGUUUGUUGAAAAAUAUAUUGUAAUUGAAAGAAAAUAAAGAGAUUUAUCGGUAUAAAGAAUCAUUAUCAGUCCGAGGAGAGUGGAAAUAUAGAGUAGUAUGCUCUAUGCAUAUUCUGCAACUAAUUUUUAGAAGAGACGAUUAUUUCUGAAAUUUUUUUCUUCUAACUGCACAUCAAAAGUUUAUCGACUGCAUUUGAUACGCGAACUGAACAACAAGGUCAUUAAUACGAUAAAAUACGAAUUGAUUAAUUGCAGUAUAAAUAUAACGUCGGAAUGAAAGGAAUUCACGACGUUUGCCUCCGUAUAUAGAAGAAACAUGUUUCGUUUAAUGAAGCACGAGGUAUUUCGAACAAUUUAUUACCUUUAUACUAGAAGUUUACCGAUUAAUUAUUUUCAGCCGUAUAGAAUAUGCAACAAUUAUAUUAAACUAUUGUCAACGAAAACGAUACAUUCGUCGUCGAAAAUAAAACUACCAGACUGUGCAGAUGUUGUAAUAAUAGGUGGUGGCAGCGCAGGUUGUAACGCUCUUUAUCACUUAGGAAAAUGUGGCGUUAAUGCUGUAUUGUUAGAGAAAUUUAAAUUAACUUCUGGUACUACGUGGCAUACUGCUGGCCUUAUAUGGAGUAUACGUGGUCCGAGUGAUACCGAUAUAGAAUUAUUAAAAAUUACGAGAAACCUUCUUAAAUCGUUAGAAGAAGAGACUGGAAUAAAUCCAGGGUGGAUAAAUAACGGUGGACUUUACAUUGCUCGGACCGCUGACCGAUUAGAUGAAUAUAAAAGACUCGUUACCGGGUCCAAAGCUUUUGGUAUUGAAGCGAACCUUAUCUCACCCCGAGAAACAAAGAAAUUAUUUCCGUUACUUGACGAAGCAAUUCUUCGAGGAGCUAUUUACUGUCCAGACGAUGGCGUUAUCGAUCCCACUAUGUUAGUAAACGCCUUAACAAGAUCGGCAAAGAGUAAUGGUUGUCAGAUUAUAGAAGAUUGUCCCGUAACAAAAAUACUCACUAAGGAGACUAUUACGAGCGACAAGAAAAUUUCUGGAGUAGAGACACCGUAUGGAAUCAUAAAGACAAAUGUUAUUCUGAAUGCUGCUGGUGUUUGGUCAAAAAAUAUAGCCAAGAUGGUUGAAACGGAUAUUCCUCUGGUACCGUUUAAGCACGCGUAUGUUGUUACCGAACCCAUAACAGGAGCACAGAACCUUCCAAAUAUCAGAGACCUUGAUGCUAGUUUAUAUAUACGAAUUCAGGGAAACUCUAUGGCUAUAGGCGGUUAUGAACAAAAUCCAAUCAUCUUGUCUUCACCACCGGAAGAUUUUUCGUUCAGCCUCUAUGAAAUGGACUGGAAUACUUUUGACGCGCAUCGAAAAUCAAUGAUUCGUUUAGUUCCUCGAUUAUCAACGAGCGGAAUAAAAACCACUAUAUGUGGACCAGAAAGUUUUACGCCUGAUCAUAAACCAAUCAUGGGUGAGGAUCCUCGUUGUUUUGGUUUAUUUUACUCGUGCGGCUACAACAGUGCCGGAAUGAUGUUAGGAGGUGGAUGCGGAGAACAGAUUGCACAGUGGAUAAUUAAUGGUCGACCAGACAAGCACAUGUUCGAUUAUGAUAUCAGACGAUUUAUUCCAGGGCAGAGAAAAAAUUUAGUUUGGGCAAAUGAAAGGUCCCAUGAGGCAUAUGCAAAGAAUUACAGUAUUAUAUUUCCAAACGACGAACCUCUAGCUGGUAGAAACUUAAAGCUAAGUCCUUUUCACGAUUUACUUGUUGAAAACGGUGCUAUAAUGGAAGAAUGUCAAGGUUGGGAGCGACCUGAAUGGUUCUCCUUAACAGAAAGGGUCGACAUCAAGAAUUAUGAUUAUGGUGGAUGUUAUGGAAUAUCAAAAAACAAAGAUGAUAAAUAUCGCGAAAUAUUAGAAAAAGAGUACAAUUUUCGGAUUUCGCCGUAUGAUGACAUUAUCCGAAAAGAAGCUCUUGCUUGUCGUACAAAUGUUGCUUUGUUUGACAUGUCUCAUCUUGGAAAAUUCUACCUUUGUGGUCCAGAUGCACAAAAAGCUGCAGACUACUUAUUCACAGCAAAUACAGAUCGCGCUUUCAACAAAACGGUUUACACUUGCAUGCUAAAUCAUGUUGGAGGAAUAGUAAUGGACUGCACGGUUACAGUUUUGGAGCCUGGAUCGGGCGGAAUCAUAAAUCCGAUGUUUAAAGAAAAAUCAUUUUACAUCGUCUCGAGUAGCAAAGCCGCGUACCAUACGUGGGCUCACGUGAAUAAAGUGAUACAGGAAAAAGGAUUUGAUGUAUCUUUACACGAUGUCACAGAACUGAUUGGAGUUUUAUCCGUGCAAGGUCCAAAUAGCCGAAAUAUAGUGGAAUCGCUAAUAGCGGAUGAAAUCUCGGAUGAAUCUUUUAAAUUUUCAACCACAAAAUUAGUGAAAAUUCGAAAUGAAAUAGUUCGCUUAAUUAGACUUAGUUUCGUUGGUGAACUCGGCUUUGAAUUACAUAUUCCAAGAUCGUCUUGUCAGUCGGUUUAUGCAACUUUAAUGAAAUUCAGCGAACCAUAUCGCAUAAAACUUGCUGGAUAUAGAGCAUUGCGUAGCCUAAGCUGUGAGAAAGGGCAUCUUCUGUGGAAUGAAGAACUCAGAGAAGAUGAUAAUCCCAUAGAAGCGGGAUUGGGAUUUACAUGUCGUAGUUUUGGUAAUUAUUUGGGGAAGGCGGUAAUUGAUCGAUUGCGAAAAAUUGGUAUUAAAAAGAGGCUAGUACAUAUCCAUAUAAAUAGUGAUAUUCCCGUGUGGGGUUCAGAAACGAUUUACAGAAAUAAUCGUGUCGUUGGUUAUCUACGAAGAGCGGAACGAGGAUAUAGUUAUGGAAAUACUAUUGGGCAUGGGUAUAUCAAGCAUCCAGAUGGAGAAAAUGUGACAAAGGAAUUUUUAGAAACUGGUAAUUAUGAAAUUGAAGUAAUGGGGAAGAGAUAUAAAUUUCAUCUUUAUCUCAAAAGUCCGUUCGAUCCUCAGAAUCAAAGAUUAUUAGGUGUAUAUGAAGAUAAAGAUGUUCCUAAACUUUAAAAAAUUAUAAAGCUAUAAAUAUAGAUAAACUUAAAAGAG